AGGUUUAGGUAGCUUUGAUAGCUGCAUGUAGGCGAAUAAGGUAAGUAAGAGUGGUCUUUAUUAUUGAUAAUAAUUAUCAUUAUUAGUCCCCGGCAGCUCACUUUUAUCAUGGCUUUUGUUAUUUCUAUCCUUUUAUUUUCGCAGUAAGUAACUUUUUUUCUCCAUCGCCACUUUUUUUUCUUAUUUUACCUCAUCAACUUCUGUUAUUUAUUUUUUAAUCUGCAUGUUUCUUUUUUUAUUUGCAGCAGGCUUUGGUUUCUUGUUUUUUUUUCUGCAUGAGUAACUUCCAUUGUGGUUUCUUUUUAUGCAUUUUUUUUUUUUUUUUAAUUUUCAGCAAUGGCACUUCUUGGCCAUCGUACAUAAACAAUUAGCAGACUUGUAACAGUGUUCUGGCGCUUCUAGAGUCCAAACACAUAUUCAGAACUCUGUAUAUCCUGCGUGUGCUCUCCUACACCGCAUUUGUCUGCACUGUCCCUUUAAGUCAUCCUUUUUUAACCCUCCGCGGCUCAAGCUGAAGGUUCAAAAAGAAGAUAGCGGCCCUAAUUACGUCACGCCCCCUCGGGUUUUUUUCCUCCUCCUUUCGGCACAAACGUACGCGGUCCUCUUUUCACGUACCAGUUGUAUCCCACUGAAGGCAGAGCGCGGCUUGUCAAAACGCAGACUGGAACACGUUGACCAGUGCGGAGCGGCAGCGGCAGAAGCGGAGGAGAGGAAGAAGAAGAAGCGACGACAGCGUCUGUGUAGGAUAAUUUUCCUCUCAUUUAUCCUUGUAUUUUUUUCCUCACCGGGAUAACUUGGCCUCGUGUGGGAUUUGCCGGUCGGUGAAGCGGUGUAUGGACGUUAUAUAAGGCGAAUAACGGACAGAGAUGAGCCCGCACGGACGUUACAGUAAAGCGGCACAAUAAUCGCAUGUGGCUGCCUGGCGCUGUAAAAGGCGACCGAAACGAGAGACCUCAAACGGAAUUCGUUGAUAUAUGUGUGCUUCAUCACCUUUUAGAUUUUUUUAUUCACAAAGCUAGCUAGCUCGGAAGCCGCUGCCAAUGUUGGACCAUACACUAUUGUAUGUGUGUGUGUGCGCAUGAUUUAACUUAGCUAGGCGGCUAACCAGGACGCGCUGCUGCUGGUGCUGAUGAGCCUGUGUGUGUGCGUAGCGGAAUGAUGAUCAGAAGAAACCACCAUACAGGCUCUAAUGGCUCUGAAUAACUGUCAAAACCCGGCUUCAUAAAUGGUUUAUGUGAUUAUUAAAUACAGCCACACAGUAGAUGUGUGUUUUAGAGCCAGUGGGCCCUGCUAUCAUUCAUAAAACUCUCCUGAAGGCGAAGAAUGGGCCCAUGUCUUAAUUUGGACAACAAAGAAUUAGGCUGCUGAAGAGGUUAAGCUGGUUAGAUAAGCUUGUUUUAGCAUUUUUAAGUGAGCUAGCAAGCUGGUUGGCAGAUUAGUCACACAGUCUGGACAGUACAGCUCCCUGCACUCCCUUUGGCACUCGUUGGAGUAUUUUUCUAUCGCACGUUUUUUUGUUCUCUCCCUCUACGCCGCACCACAAUGAGCAGUCACACCGGGGAAACCGGUGACGCCGGGCCAGUGGAAGUGGAGCCCAUGCCGGGAUACUUGGACCUCAUCACUAGAGCCUCCACCGUAAUGCUUGGCGCAUGGAGAGACUGUAGUACAUGCGGGCUGGAGCUCUCCAAACAGACUCUCCUGGAUAACGCAUACAUUACCCUGACCGAAAUCGCCCUGUUCUUCUUUUGCGCCUUUUUGUGGACGCAGGUCAGGCGGGGACUGACAGAAAGUCUGUUUAAGGUGGGUGACGCACACUCCCAAAACACGCUGAUCCCCCAGUUCCUCCAAGGUUAUUUUAUUAACACUCUUAAUUAAGGGGUUUAGUGGAUGGUUCCUCUCAUUAGAGCACAAUGUGUGGCCUCUGAACGUCUCCUCCCUCAGGAGUUGUCCCUGUUGGCACUACAUGCUCUGGGCUCAAGAGACUGACUGAUAUUGGGGAAGUAAACAUGUUACUAAAUAUUAGAUCCAGAUGUAGCUGCAGUUGUAAACACCCUCAUCUGCACUUGUCUUGGGAAAACAGGAACUGAGCAGGUCUUACAAAAAUGAGCACAUUUACUUUUCUGUUCAAAGAUCCUAAAAUGAGGGAAAAGUUGAUGCUAUGCUUUGGCACGAGCUCAUAAACAUACACAUUGGGUCAUGUUAGUGCUCAGCGUGGAAUAAAGUAUCUAUAUAAAAGUUAUAAAUCCGACAAAAUGAUCCCAAGAGACUAAAACCAGAGAGCCAAUCUUCAUCUGAGAUCUUACACCCUCUGGUAACCUGGUAUUAGAUCACAAGUCUCUUUGUUUUCAAGCAAAUAUUGAGCUCAAGUUCAAAGUAAACAAAAAAUAACACCAGCUUGUUCCCAUUGAUUCCAGUGUGAAUACAGGCCAAUCAUAUACAUCCAUGCAAACCUUUGGACUCUUAUGGGAAACAUUACACUCAGUUCAACUAUAUUGCAUUUUGGUUAACCCCUCUUUCCCCCUCUUACUCUCUUUACCUUUCUUUUUGAAACAUCUGUAUUUAUUUAAAAUGGUCCUAGAAAAUUACUUGUAAUUUGGGUAAUUAGGAAAUAAUAAAAGUGGUUUUCGUCGUCAUAAUCACGUCCUCCAGAGAAUGGAGACAGGCCACAGUUGUUUGACUGAAUGUCCAAAUCUGCCCGUGAACAAAUGUACUGGAGAAUCAGUAGGCUGGCUACUUCAUUUACAUAAUAAUAAUAAAGGAUUUGUUACUACAAGUGAGAAAAGAGAACAUCACAUCAGACUCAUGCCCCACUCUUGUAGUAGAAAGUCGUGCCUCUCUUUGGGCACUUGAGGAUGUGCAUUUACAAAACUGCAGCGUCUCUAAAAGCAGCAUCACAACAUUACUCUUGUCCUAAUAGAGAGAACGGGCGCACAGGCAAUGAAUGCUCUGAUAGACUGGCUCCAUGCCCAGGACUUCCAUACUGCCUUUGCCCAGCUGAGUCCUGAGUACCUCCACCCAAUCAGGGGAGGGGCUUCUCCUCCACGGAUAACCUGGAUGUGGCUGCCAUGAUUGUGUGCGAGGGUUGAGUGGCCACACGUGGUGGAUGCUCUGAUGAUGAUGAUGUCAUAGCAGUGUAGUGUAGCAGUGGGCCUCAUGUAUGGAGCCAGAUGUGACCUGAGAAUGUUAGGAAUGAGGCCUGUUCUCCCCCCCCUUACUUUGUGUUUGUGGGUCUUACUGGGUUGUGGAAAACUUUAGGAAAGGCCCCAUUUACAGCCAGCAUACUUUGAAGACUGUAAAGAUUGAGGUGGGAUUUUUAAUACAGGAUGAAGUCAUAAUCUAUCAGUGUGCCCUCAGUUAUUUAGUGCAUGUGUAAUAUCACCUCAGCAGUGCUUAUAUUAGAGGUGAAGAGGAUGGGUUCAGUGUUAGGUCAGCCAUGCUGAGCUAAUGCUAUAAGAGAAUUGCUGUCAUACAUCACAAAACUAUGCCAGACUAAUACGACUACAUAAUCCGUCGUUUUAGUCGAGCACAGAGUAUUGUGUCCACUUGAAUUGAACCGGGUGUUUUCUUACAGUUCAGUAAACCUCAACCCAUCCCCUCGUUGCGCUUAUUGAAAUAUGUUUUUGUUAUUUUUGAGUGUUGAAAUAGACAUUUUCAUGAAGUGGCUCAGCUGUCAAACAGUACGAGUACGAUAAAUGACGGCAUGGACAAUUGUGAGCACACACACUUAAUUAAGUUCAGAGCUCAUUAAACUUCACGGACAUUAAAUAUUGGCCUUGACAUCAGGGAACAAAGCACUGUGUAAUCUGACCCUGUUGUGGCUUGGUGAAGACUAUGAUGAUGUGUUUUGACAUGAGAGGAAUGAGCGUUUGGUGCUGUGAUAAACUCAACAAACAUCACUUACGGACUCCAAAGAGUAGUCUGCUGUAUGCAUCAGUAUUAGUGUAAUUUAAGACUCUGUUAGCCAAGCCUUGCUCAACGUUAAUGGAUCUCUUUUUGUAUGACUUGUUUGCAGGAGUUUAGUGCAAAUGUUCAGGAAACUAAGUGAUAAGUUGAGAACAGAAAAUGAUCACUUUCCUCUCAGAAAAUAGUGGCUGUAUGAAUUACAGAUGGAAGAGUUUGCUCUACAUGCUGAAGUUGUGCCUGAAUUACAGAGGAAAUCUGCGGAAAAGAGCUGAUGGAUAAAAAUAAUUAGUUUCCUGUUUUCAUUUACAGAACUCCCAGUCCUGUUUGAAGACUGAGAGUUGACCCACUUUAAGAUAUUUAUUCACUUCAGCGUGCACUUUCCACAGAACACUCAAAAUCAAAUGAUGAACCCGUAAUUAUGGAUACUUUAUUAUUUUGAUAUGACUGUGACUGAGCUUUGCUGAGGUUGCACAUCAAUGAGCAUGCUGUGGGGGGGUUGCCCCUGUGCUGUGCUCUGCUCUGCACACUGCAGUGAGUGGUUUUCAUCAUGUUUUACUUCUGCUCUGAUGCUUGAGUGUACGAGUAAGAGCAGCGCCUAAUCUGGAGUUAAAUAAAACACAACUUGUUGAUGAGCCAAUUACACUCUACUCGUACACAGACACAACAGAGUUUUUAAAUUUAGACCAAACACAAGAUGAUCUUCAAGUUGAGCUUAUUAUUAUAUGAAUGCUUGCUUAAAAUGUCACGUGACGUGUGUGGCUACGCUUCUUCCUCAUUAUCUUUUAAAAGUCUCCCUGCACGCACACAUGCACACAGACCAAUCUCCGUCAAGCAGUUUGUGUGACUGUGCCUGCAUAAUGUAAAUGGGCGUCCAUGAGGUGGUUUCUGAGUUGCAUUUAAAAGCCAUGCAAGUGUUUGUGUUUGUAAGAGUCUGAGGUUUCAGAUACGCCUGUGUUUGCAUACAUUUUGUCAGUCAAAAGCACGCUUCCUGAAAAAUUAGUGCAAAGCAUCUGCGGAUGAGAGAGUACAGACAACACUAGGUAAUAGCAGAGAGGUGGAUGAAUAAAACAGAGGGGGAAGAGAGAGAGAGUUAAAGGAAGGAAGGAAGGGAGAAGAGAAGUAGGCAGAGAGGUUUUGUGGGGCCAAGUCUGCUGACUCAGCACGCAGCAGCCAAUCAUUAACAUGAUUUCAAACGUGUGCCCAAUCACACGCAUGUUUGUGGGAAAAAUGUUCAGACACAUUGCAAAAAUUUUUUUUUUGUCAAUUGUGGCACCAAAGAGAGUUUGUGUUUGAAGAUAGACACACACACUUGCUGCUUCGCUUUGGUCAAACCUUUCUUGUAGCAGUAGUUUAUAACCACUCUCACAAAUGCACAGUCUCUCAUGCGCGCGCGCACACACACACACACACACGUAGGCAUUCAGUCAGAGAAGUGAGCGGCAGUGUGCUUGCCAGCUCCAGUCCUCUUGCAGAGCUUAUCUUCCUGCAUAGAGCAGCUGAGCAGCACCUCAUCCCCUGCUGCUGUUCUAAAUGUGAAAGCAGCCGGAGGUUCGACAAGGUCCCCGACCACAGAUCCCAGAUCACGUUCCACUAAGCCCCUGCUCAUUGUUGUACAUUAGCCACAGUGAGACACCUGAUACUGGAUUUGUGGUGGAGGGGAAGUGCUAUCCAUUCAGCCAAAAGUGCCCACUCAGGUGAAACUUGCUUGUAAUUCUGACACUGAUUGUGUGCAAUUGUUAUGGAGAUUGACUUUCAUAUGUUUUCCCCUUUCCUCUGUCCUCUCCUCUCAUCCCCUCUCCUCUCGUGACUCAGCUCCCUCAUUCAUCAUCACAUAUUGCUUAGGUGAGCAGCACUUUUGCCAUCACUUGGCAUGCGAUCUACUGCCCUAUGUGUCAUAAAUCACGAAUACAUAGAGCUUAUUCUUUUACAAAACUCUCAACUCCUCAUCUAAUACCAACACACCCUUUGAUCAGUUGUCUGUCACCAUGAUGGCUGCUGUUAUAAAGGGUUAUUCAGUAUGUUUUAUUAAGAGCAUGGCAACAUUUGGUUGUAACAUAAUGUCAAAAACCUUUGAUGCUCGCUGACUUUAAGCACUUAAACUUGGCUUUGUACACACCUAUGAUUAUGAGUGGCUGCUUUUAGUUAUUUUUUCCAGCCUGUAACGCAUCCAGCAUCAAACUGUGUUGUGUAAAUUUCCAACUGAAGUUCCCGACCUUUUCCUUAAGCUUUACAGCUGAGUCCAGUUCACGCCUGCCUUUUAAAUCAUUUGGAUUUGCUAUUAUAAUUUUUUUUUUUUACAUUUCAAAAAGUGAAAUCAAAUGACCAUGUUUCAGGUUAUUUAAAUCUCUGUUUUGGGAAAGAAGUGGGAACCACUUUGUUGAAAAACUUGGCUUUUUUGGGGUUCUCUAGAGUAAACAAAGCAUUUUGUGACCACAGAGGAAAAGAGCUCUCAGGUGUGUUAAAAAAAAAACCCUGUAAGAGAAUAACAAGAUAAAAACCUGAAAAUCAUUCCUGGCAUUCCAUUAGGAUCCUUGCCGCAGCUUUUGGUGCUAAGGCCCUAUAAGAACAAGACUUAAAGUACACAACUAUUUAGACGUUGGCUGGAGUUGUUGUAGACGCACAAAGCAGACAGCAGGUCUAUAAAUUAUUCGGCCGAAGUGAGAAACAGGGGGGUGGCUGUGCACUCUUUAACACGGUGAAUCAUAGCCAGAGCAGCCAUAUGUAGCACCAGCUACAAAGCAGCAUCAUGAAUCAGCUCUGUUUGCCGACUGUGACAGUCAGACUCUUUUCUGGUCAGCUGGAAUGUGCUGUGAGGCCUUGACCGCUGCAGAGCGCUGUGGCUGGCCUCUCGGUCUUUUUCCUCCUUCCUCUCUCUUUCUGUCCCUCUUAGUUGCCUCCGGAUAGACACAGUGGACAGGCUGUCAUUAGACAAGAACACACUGUCCGUGCAGGAUUCACACUUGGCAGCUGCCUCUCUUCUAACAUGGCCUCUCUAUAACAGACUGAGAGAUUGAGUGGCUGGAGGAAACCAAAGUUCAUUUUUGCUUGGUGUGCCUGUUGUGCUUUGUCUGCAUCCCCACAGGGUGUUUAUAGUGAUGAGUUUUACUUCUAGUAUGUGUGAUCGCAGAAGCAUUCCUUGGAUGUAAUUGGAUCAUUGUCCCUCUCCUAGUUUUCUCUGUGUCUGUGGAAGCCUCUGGUACAUCCGCAUGGACUCACAAUCAGAAAGGGGGCACUUUCCUCUGCCAACAUUGAUGGGAAAAGUUGCGUGUCACCUCCUUCACAGUCCCCCCUACACCCACAGUUCUCUUUAUUCCAUAUCCUUGAGCUAGCUCUGACCUAGCUCUAAGGAGAUGCAUGGCAGUAGGGCUGGGCGAUAUGGGAAAAAGUUAAUCACGAUAUAUUUUUUUCAUAUCAGUCAAUAUCGAUAUAUAUCACGAUAUAAAAAAAUCACUUGUCAAUCUCAAAUGUUCCGUGUUAAGGUCCUUACACACCGGGACCGUUUUUGUCGUGCGAUUAUUUCGGAUGUCAAUAUUUUUUUCAAAUCCAUAUCCUGUCAGUACAAGUGUUCACAUCAGCGACAUCUUCUCAUUCUGUGAUAUUGCGGCAUUUAUUUUUUCGUAUCAUGGUCGAUUUUUCUAAACAUUACAAAGAUAACGACCUGAAGGACAUCUUGUAGAGAGUCAUAGCGUCGGAUCUCUUAUAUGACGAUGGUCUGUGAACUUUAACAGUUUGCUAGUCAUCUUUGUUUUAACUUUCAUCUAUGCUAACGUAAGCUAACGGUUGUUACCAUAGUUUCAUGUGCUUAUCUGGUACUGGCCCCGACUCAGUAUUUGCUAUCAUGACAGAAAGCCAUCUCAACACUAGUGUCUCAUCAGAACUGUAAACAAUCAGCAACUGUGGUACAGUUUCAGUUCCUGAACCAAGCAGUGAAACUCACCAAUUCUCUUCUUUUUUGUAAUAUUGGAUGCACCCAUGUGCUACGUUUCUCUUUCUUCUGAAAAAAAAAAAAGAAGUACCAAUUCGCCAUCACUUGAAGUUGAAGUAGACUCCAUUUUCAUCCUCUCGCUUCCACCCGGGAUGCUAGUUGUUAAGGGAAGGUCCCGCCCUCCUUCGCCUCUGAUUGGCUAUAAGUGCUGACCGUUUGGCUUGAGCGUGUGAUGAUGUUUACAGCUUUUCAAGCCAAUCAGAGGCGAAGAGGCGGGACUUUCCCCUGGAAAUCGCACCGGGCUUGAUGUGUAUAGUCAGGCGCGUCAAAAUUCGCCUCUGAAUAUUUUGUGAUUUCGCGUUCUAUAUUCGUGUCGGCCCCGGUGUGUAAGGACCUUCACUCUUAAAUGAAGCAGACUGAAUGGUCAGUUCAGCGUGUCACAGGCAGGGAGCAACUUCCCUUUUUAAUUGCUAUUCAUAUUGUCUACCAAAUAUGGCAGAAUGUCGGCUAUCAAAAAAGCAUAUUAACCAUGUUUCAUAUCGAUAUCGGGGGAAAUUAAUUUUUGAUAUAUAUCAUUAUCGUUUUAUCACCCAGCCCUACAUGGCAGUAAUCAAAGAUAUUUUCUGACAAGCCUUUUCAGCUACAUUUGACAACAUGAUGUCAGCACAAUAUGAGCAUACCCAAAAACAACACAAACACUCUCUGAAACCAACAAGUAUGAGACAACACUCGGGAUACUAACAUUUGACUCAGACAGCCAUCAGCUACAGUCAUUUAGUGGUUGUCACUUUGGUGAUGACUUUGGUGUAAAGAAAGGCUGUGAGGUGAGAAGAGCAAGUGUACAAAUGUUCUCAGGGAAGGCCUCUUGUUGUAGAAAACAUCAUUUCUGCUGUUUGUAAUCAUUCUGGAUAUAAAAAGACAAGCUAACUUUGAAACGCAUGGAGAGAUUAUCAGUUAUAGAGUAAUCACACCCCUCAGUAACUCCUUGUAUGGAUAAAUUAAGAAGCUAAGAAUAUGACAGCUUUACCUGAAAUAAGAUGUCUCACCAUCUUUGAUCUCAUUUGUCUUCUCGUGUAUCGAGGACUGUCUGCAGUAUUAAGGCUUUCAUUGCCUGCUUGGCAGAGCUUUGUUAAUCAGUGGAAAAUUUUGGCCUAGUGAAAUUAAAAACACACACUAACACUUAUCUUGUUUUCCCUCUUGUGGCAUUGUCAGCUCUGUAAGACAAUUAGCCAUUAAAAAGGAUUAAAUGAGAUCUUUCAGUGCAACACUACAAGAAGUCACACCAUGCCUAUUUAACCUUUUUAUUUCAUUUUCCGUGUCUGUCAGUUUUACAUUAUUUGAGUCUGUUUUUGUGCGGUGUAGGUAUUGUGACAGAUGCCUAACUUUAUAUUGUUCAACAAGCUCUUAUCACUGAACCCUGAAUUGGCUGAAAUCAGGAAAGCAGCAGAUUUUGAAUGCACUGUGUGGGCAGUCGGUGCUCAAAGUGUCUCACAGCACUUCACAUUUGUUUUUUCUUUCCAGCACAUGUGUGCACACUCAUCAAAGAAUGAGUCAAUAUUAUUUUGGCCAUUGAGAAUUCCUACACUCACCAAGAUGAUUGCAUGACCAGGCGUGUCAUUGAUUUUUUAUUAAAGAUGUAAAGGACAGAUAAUGGUGAGUAACUCUUUGGAUUUUCACAUCUCUGUUCGUCAACAUUUCUGUCUGUUUAUGAAUUUGUGUGCAUGAGAGUGUUUUGAACAAGCUGUCGAACUCCUGUGGGUGGAUAAUUACAGCAAGCUCAUGAACCCGCUCCUGUUGAUUUGUACAUAAAAUAUACUGGCCUAUUGGACAAAUGUACGAUCACAUCUAUACCAGCACACUCAGACUUCAUCCUCUCAGUUUUGCCAAAUGACAUGGGUUGUGCAUAAUGUAUGACAGCCAUAUGUCUGCUGGCUGUCGACUUGUACAGGGAGCAGCUUGAGUGAAUAUCUCAACACUUCAUUGAGACUAUACCUUUGUAUCACUUUAAAUUUUUGCUAUUUCUGCUUAAACAUAACAAAGAUAGAUAGACAGUUGGAGGCCUACAAAUACAAGACAAUGAUAGUGUAAGUGAAUAUAUAUUUGUGAUCAAUCCUGUGACAGUCUUUUAUGUGAACCAUCGUGUCGACUUUGAUGCUCAGGGAGAUAAUUUGACAAGUAGGUGUGAAUAAGUGCCUUCGCAGGGGUUGCAACUGGGUUAGACCCCCUCUUAACAGGUGCAUUAUGCCGUCUCACAUCUUUGCAAACACACACACACACACAGAUGCUGAUACAUUUCAUAUUCAUGCGCCUACAUCAAACACAGAGCACUUUCAAACACACCCCUUAUUUGAAUACAUUUUAUGCUUCUAUUUAUGUCACAGGAACUGAAACCAUCGUAUGUUUAAUUUUAAAUCAAUGAACCCCGUUUCUCAGAACCAGAUGAAGUGAUGUGCGUGACAGUCGCAGAGGCAACUUUCAUGGUACCGAUGAUUUCUGCUCUGCCCAAUCUGCAAUGGCCAAAAGACCUCAGUGCAUAAAGGUCACUGUUUCAGAGAGUGUGUUUUUAACAUGCCACUUAAUCAUCACUUGUGGUCACUCUUUACUUAUGUAUAAACAAAAGCGAUCAUUCAGUCACGUUCUUGGUUGCAAAUUAGCCAGCGACCAAGUAAAACAAUGGUGCAUUUGGUUAUCAUGUGUUUUUAAUCAAAUCGAGUUCAAACAUUCAGUCUGUCUCUUAGACGAGCAGGACUGUUAACAGCAGCGCUGAACUGGCCAUCUGUAGAAGUUUGGCAUUUCCUGGUGAGCCUGCAGUUCAGAAACACCCAUAUGGAAAGAUGAAACAUAUCACAUGCUGUGUGGUUAGCUUCAUCCAGAUGUGCUUAAAUACAUUUGUGACCCCUUUGAAAAACUGUUGUCCUUCUCGGUCAUUGAAUUAGCCGUGAAUUAGCCGUGAAGAACAUCCAUGAUUGCUAGAAAAGGAAAUCUCUAAACUAGCUCUCAAUCAGAGACUGGCCUACAUACAGUAUUGAUCUUAUUCUAAUAUUUUAGUGUAGUAGUGCGACAUGACUGUGCCCGGGAUAUUUAUGGCAUUACUUGCGCAAUGGGAGAAGAUGGAGACGUCAUCUCUUCACACAUAGUCAGUAAAUUUUACCCGAAGAUGUGUGUAUUCCUUCUCGACAUGACUAAUGUCGCUCUCUGCCAAAUCACUCGAAGUCCUCAUCAGUCAUGGUGAGCUGAUUGAUCAGACACUUUCACAGAAUGUCUGUCAUCAGUGGUCUCUCUCUUCCUAACGAGGCAUGUACGAUUUAACAGCUGACUCAUCUCAGCAUGCUUUCAGCAAGCACAGGAUGUGUGUGAGGGGGUCAUGACUGGAAAAGCUGCCAUUACCCAACAUUAGUGCCCCAGAGGGGUUAGGAGAGAGCAAAGUCAUUUUUUUUCUAUCGUUCUUGUUUGUGCAGGAGACAUGAAACACAGAAGAGUGCUGGAUGGGAGGUUAUGACGCGUAUUAAGGAACCCAUAAUGCAAUUUCAUCACGGAAGUUAAAAGUUCCUUAGCUGUCUCAGUUCCUUCCCACUCUUUAUUACACCUUGAUGCGACCUACUUCAGUUUGAAGUGAGCUGUUUUCUCUGCUGCUUCUUUGCUUUGAAUCUGGCACUGUUAAGUAGCCUGUUAAAAAUUAAAGACAUCACAUUAAAAUCCUUUUGAUAAUGAACCAACCACUUAAAAGCCUUUGAUGAAACCACCAGCAGCUAAAGCAGACCUCUGCUUCAGCAGUGAAAGGUUGAUGGUUCCCAUGUAUCGCUGUUUCUGUCAGUGUAAUUAUCACUUGACCAGUCAGAGUGAAGUAGGUGAGGUUUCAAAGGUUCAUGUCAGUUUCCUCAAUGACAAACUAACUUAAGAGCAACGUCAAUGAAAAGUAAGACAGACUGUGAGUCAUGAUAAUAACACAUGUCCACCAGUUCAAAUUUAAUAGCAGCAUAUAAUCAGACUGAAAGAAAAACUGAAAGUGUUAAGUAGUCUUGCCUCCCUGUGAACUUUAACAAUAUCUCAUCAGAACAGAUAUGGCACCCUAUUGCCUCCAUUAAAGCCUUGUUUUCUACUGGGUUGGUGUCAUUUUUCAGAGGGCUGCAGGUCGCUUGCUGUUACACACAUGAAAUGAGGCUGAAAAUAUCAAAUUAAAAUCCAUGUUAAAAAAUCAUUUCUCAAACAUGCUCUUUGUCAUGAUAGACAGUUCCUAUCUUCCAGAUUUCUGCUCAAGGGUUCCUUUUUAUUGGUUCAUCAUUUUAGUUAGUAAUUAGAUUUUGGAAAGCUGAUAGGACAACUAUGUAAUGAUGUCACCCUUGGCACCAGAAUUACAAAUGGGUUGGAUGAAUCUGUGUUGUAUUGCCUUAGGCCUGAAAUGCUGUGGUGCUGCCACUCAGGAGAAAACGUGGCUUAAAUGACAAAAGAGCUCAAAGAACUAUUGCAUUUAUCUUCCACCUCUGUGUGCAUUUCACAUCAUCUUGAUUAGAAAAAUGUAUCCUGUGUAUGACUUUAAAAUGGAUGAGUGCAAUACGAGCACAUGAUGCAACAGUACACACCCCUUUCACAAAUUUGGAAUUUCAAGAUUCGCUUAAAAACACAUUUAUUGGCAAACAUCGGGCAGGAAUUCUGAAAUGUACUAAGAGGAAUUAAAUGAUGUAAAUGUGCCUUUUACCUCCACAGGAUCUGUAUCAAUACUAUUUACUAAUUUGUGGUAUGAGACCUGAAGCAGACUGAUGCUGCGGCUAGACUUCUGGAUUAAAACAGGAGAGGGCGUGGCUGCACAUAUCUGGUCAAGAGCAUUAACAGUAGAUAAAAUCUCAGGAAGUCUGUCCCCAGAGAAAAGCCUUCAGGAGACUCCCAAAGUAACGAAGUGGAUUCAUCCUGGUAGAAAAAAAAGAAAACCAUCAAUACAUAUAAAAAAAGUCCCAAAAUUGUUCAUCUGCCAACAAAAGUGAGUUAAACCCCAAAGAGGAAGGGAAGAGUUAUGUCUAGAUUACUUAAUUUUGAUGAACAGGGUUUGACUGAUCUGAAAUUACAAUGCAAGAAUAAUCAAAGGAAAAAACAUAAAAAUGAGAGAAUUAUCUACGAACAAUUACAGUAUUUUCUGAACUAUAAGUCAUUGGAAACCAUGUGUAAGUCGUACCUGUGUCUAAGUUGCAAACCCAGCCAAACUAUGAAAAAAAGACAUAGUCAUAGAAAAUACCGUAAUCAAUCCUUGAGUAAGAUUGAUGCACUGUAGAAUAAAAUAACUUCCUGCUGGAGGGGUUUCGAAAUCUCCAAGAGGGAUUUAGUAAUUUCUGAUUAUGAAAUGCUGAGACAGGAGUGAACAAGAAUUGGAUCACCCACAGUUAAAAUCUGAACAAGUGUGUAUUUAGAGAAGGUAUGUUGCUGAACAUGAAACCUAGGGGUAAUACGAUGGAGUCUCUCAGCAAUGGCUUGGUGGUUCUAUUCAUCCAACCUGGAUUCAAGAUCUUCACACUUGUUCUCCAACUUAGUGUUGAGAACAAUCGAUCCUAACCCUCAGCUUGCUGAUGCUGACAAAGAGCGACUUCUCCGUUACUUCAUUGGUGCCUUUGAGUGGAGAAAUCGUGGCCUUAAAAGCAACUUGAUAGUCUAGCUUAAAAAUCUCUGCCAUGUUUUUCCGCAAAGAUGCUAAUAAUUGUAGCUUAAAGGCUUCGGCUAGCAGGAGAGCCUCCGGUGAUGGGGAGCAGUUUGGUGGAGAAGCUGCAUUUGUCGAGGUUGGUGCCUGAGAGACACCGCAGCCAGUGAAUGGUAAAAAGAAGUAGCUACAGGAGACUGACUAGAUGAAGAACUGCUAACUAUAUUUUAAGCCUCAAAUUUCCAAGUAAUGUCAUGUGACAAGCGCACCAACAAGCGUCAGGCCUCCCAACUAUGUAGAAAUCCAGCUAUUAAGUGCUCUCUGGAUCCUUCCGCCUCCAUCAUAAGCAAGAGCUUUAUCCCAAAUGACAGCUGCCCCCUCAUAGUGAGGUCAUAGUCUCUGUUUAAGGUGAGGAAGAGUAGAUGGGCAAUGACAGCAGUGUUUGAUAUACGAAGAGGAAAAUUGCUGUCAGACCUUCUUAGAUCCCCAGAAAGGUCCAGAAAACACCCAGAUCAAGUGAAUCUUCGAGAGAUAUGCUAUAAAUACUUGAAUGUCUUAAUAGAGUUGAACACUCUAGUUAUCCAUCAGAUAAGCUGUUGUAAAUCCUAUCGGUCGUCAGUCUCAAAGAAAGAUGUAAACACAGCAGAGGGAUGGAAACUGUGACAGAGCACUAAAUUGAAGAGAGUGGCGUCAGAUUAAGAGAGAGAGAGAUAGAAGCUGGACGUGGUUGAAGGAUUGAAUGAGGGUGAAUGGGAUUGUAAGCCUUAUCGAACAGAUCCACAGAUGAGCCGUCAUCCUGACUCACCCAUUUAACUUUCUUACGCAACAGGCCGGCGGAGUCCAUUCACCCGCUCUGCUCCACCCUCAUCACUCGCUCGCAGGAAAUGCUAAGAGGGGAACUGAGAACUUUUAGAGAGGUGGAGUCGAAGGAAAGAAAUGGGGUGCAUCUGCAGACGAUGACAGAAAAAAAGACAUGAUGAUGGAUGAGACAGGACUGGAGUGGAAAGGAGACUAAGAUGGAUUUAAGCCAUAGUGUAGGCUUUUGCCAGCAUCUCUUCACGGUUGCUAAGGGAACCGCUUAUUUGUCGCGACGUCGCUCUCACACUGACUCUUCCUUUUAGACACCGCUUCUGCAAUUUCCUCUUCUCCUUAUGUUCGAAGGCUGCUUCUCUUCCUUCUCUUGGAUGGUGGAGUGAAACGCAGUGAUACUCUGAAGUAGAGAACGAGUUCAGUCAGAAUCUGUCUGUCAGAGAAGGCGAGGAAGAGGAGGGGGGAGCUGUUGAGCCGGCGAGGUCCCAGCUGAGUGUAAUUCAAGGCCCUGUCAUUUCUCCGACAGAGGACGAGUGGAUUAUCUCCUUGACCUGCUAUACCCCCUCUCUGUAGGCCAGCAUAGAAAAGUAAAGGGUAGAUAGAUAGAGUGGGUGGAUGGGACAUAGUGUGAUGGUGGGCUGACUGGCACAGAGAGACAAGAAUGUAGCCAUUGGCAGGCUGUUAUGUAAUCUCUCACAAUCUGCAUUUGAAACAAAGGUUUGUCCCUGCUGUGUGGUUUUGACUGCUCGGAGGCCUAGACCAGAAUACAUACAGAGGACAGCCUACCUCUAUCCAAAACACCAACAAACACCACUAUUCCAACCCUGAAGGGAAAGUUGGUCCUUGUUAUAGCUCAGUCAUCCAUGUUGAUGCUGACAGGAAAGGCCGGUUUGUUUACCUGCUUUUCACCUGCACUUCUACACUUCAGAAGUUCAUUGUUCGGGUGAGUUAAUUCCUAAAGUUAGGGUUUGCUGGAGACUGAAUGCUGGAACUGAACUUAGUAAGGAGAGUAGCUGUGUCUACAUGGGCACAAAUAAACGGAAUAAAGACCCGAUCGGAGAAAAAGUGCGUCAUGUAAACAUGUCGAUCAGAAGAUACAAUUCAGCUCAAUCAGAAAAAAUUGUAUUGCGAUCAUAGACAGUAUAUAAAAUGGACGCCGUCUGCCUCCUCGCUGGGUGAAGCCACCCCGAGAACAGCACCCUCUGGUGACGGGCUGCAGUAUAGCCUCUUCGUUGUUAGGGGUUGUUAGGGGGUUCAUGUUUUCUAUGAUUGACAUUUGAUACAGCCUUUGGGAGUAGGAAGAUUGCGUAGCUCACCAGGAGGGAUACACUGUUUGAGCCGAGCGUCAUCACAGCAACUCUCGGCGAGUCUCCCGCUGAAUGCGUACAACACUACUGCACGAUGUUGGUUUCAGGAAAUGGAGAAAAAUCGCAGAAAUAUUGAGAGCUUUUCAGCUUCAAAUCCAUAUACUGGAUGGAGGCGGAAUCAAGUUGUCCAUAGUAUAGACAGUCUGUGAUUGCGAUAGAUUGGGGUGGUUUAUGCAGAUCGUUUAUUCUAAAACGCGUCCAUGUCAUUCUGGUCGUGACUCUCUGUUGGGGCAAAACUAGCCUGACUGCCCAUGUGUGCGCUACAUCAUGACGUGUUUCCGCCGCUAGUGACAAGACGUAAACAUGGCGGGAUCAAUGAGCAACUGGUCUGUGUCUGACACUACUUUCUUGCUGGAUACAGUCUCCUCAUGUAAUGCAGGGUCAGUGUGCGCUGCCUGUUGGGCCCUCUUGAUGAUCAUGUAUGCCAGGAGCAAUACAACUGCUCUUAGAACCUGGCUCAGGUCCAUUCUGAGUGGAGCGAAAAAUCCUGAAUUGGAGUGAGCCAGUAGUGGUGUAGGGCAAUAAUUCAGAAACAGCAAACUGAUGAAAAAUGUAGACUCACUUUAGAUAAUGGAUUCAUGUAUUGGUUUGCUUAAGAGGCAUAUUAUCUAAUUUGUUUAAUUAAUUUCUUGUACUAAGGGUUAGACAAUGUAAAUUCGCUUUUUUCUGCCCCCUUGCAUUCAAGAGUUACAGUAUUGUCUUUUUUUAAUGAGUUUUAUUUUUUAUUUGAUGCUCGAUAAAUGAAUGAAAUAAAUAGAUCAACUAAACUAAAAUAAACUAAGCUUGUGGGAAACCAAACCACUGCUUUUCUGCUUAUGUCACUUUAGGUUGGGACUUUACAGCUUUGCAAAAGGAAUUGAACUUUUUAUUUUUGAAAAACACACUCCAUCAGGAAAUUGCACCACUCUUACUGAAAUGGCUUAACAAAUAUCACGGCUGUAGUGUACAGACCAAAUGUGAUGGCAUUGAACUAUUGCAACAAUCAUAAAUGUAACAUGUAUUUUCAUGCCAUGUACAGAAAAGCAGGAGAAAGUGUGAUACCCUUAAGUUGACACAGAGUAAACUGUGUAAGAGAAGCAGCAGAUACGCUGUGAUGGACUCAGACACGCACAUACCAGAAGUGAGAAAGCAGAAGUGGUGAUGAACAAGUCAGACAUGAGCUGCAGAGGCCCGGCUGGUGUCUGCAGUAACAUGUGUCAGCCACUAGUGGUGUUUCAGCCCUUGUAUGUGUGUGUGUGCACAAGUGUGUGUACGCUUAUGCUUUUGUGUGUGAGGGGGUGAUGUGGUGGAGAACUGAGGGGGGUAUGCGUUGUACUGACAGCUGGCUUCUAUAAAUAAAUGUCACAGGCAGGGGGGAGACGCAGGGGUGGAUAGAGAGAGAGAGAGAGAGUGAAAGAGAAAGAAACCAAGGGGAGAGUGAGAGGGGUGACAAAUUAAAGGGAAGGAGGGGGAGUGAAGAGAGGGGAGACAGAUGAUGGGAGGCCUGAUGGAGAGGAACUGAUACAAACGUACUGAGAGAUCUGAAAGAAUGUGGCGAGUGUCCUGCACUCCACUGCACUCAGGUCAUGACUUACUGAAAACACACCACACGUCGCCCUAGUCUCGGCCAAUCAGCAGCCUCGCUUCAGAUCAUGUGCUUCCUUUGUGAUGCCAUCUUUUUCACAUCUGAGGCCCACAAAAUCUGUUCCUGUUACGGUCUAUCUCACAACGCCGUUGCCCCGUCCACUUCCUUCCCUGUCUUGUUUUGUCUUGUUUGUGCGCGACACGUCAAAAGAGACCCUAACCAAACCAAAAACAAAAAAAAGAAAGAGAGAAAAAAGAGAAAAGAAAUGAAUGAAGACAGGGGACAAAAUGUAUUGAAAGAGUUUGAGGGAGACCUGUGAAUGUGACUUUCAAAGCCUGAAGGGUUUACUUUUACCUCCAUUAAUUUGUCAUGUAAUCUGUCACUGAGACGUCUCAGAUCACAUCCUGCAGAUGAGCUGCCUGGUAACAACUGACUGAGACACACUGUGUCACUGAUACCUUCCACUUUCACUUUCCUGCCUCUUGUUGCACUGUUUCAUUGCCUUUCAAAGUGGAGUGUUUGUGCUGGGUGUGUGUAUGUGGGGGGGGUGUUUAUGAGGCAGUGAGCUGGGUUUGGUUUCCUUGUCUUGGCACCACUAUGAAAAACUGAUCACCUGUCUGUCUUACAGCCAAACGACUGUACCUAUUCAACCUACUGUAACUAUCUUUUGUUGUGUCCUCAUCUCCUCUCUAUUUCAUUCUCUGACGUUGCACCUCCUCGUCUGUGUGUGUGUGUGUGUGUGUGUGUGUGUGUGUCUUUGCAGAGAACUUCUUUAUUCCCUUUUCUGUUGAUUUUGACUUUCGGUUGAUAGAGAAUGAUUCAGAGUUUCUGAUGUCACAACAGAGAUAGAGCCUACAAGAAAGAGAGAAAUAGGGAGUGAGGAGUCCGUUAGAUUAAGGAGGGGAAGGAGGAAGAUAACAUGGGUCAACAUGGGUGAGGAGGUGGGGGCCUGUUAUUAUCAGGCUACAUCAGGACUUCAGGGGCCUUCUCUCUAACUUCCUGCUUACAAAGCAAACCAUAAGAAGGGUUGGGAAAGACAUUUGUCUGUGUUCAGAUGCUAAAAUUUAAGAGAUAUAUGAGUCACCAUCAUCACUGGCAGUCGGAGUUAACUAAUAAUAAGUUUUUUUACACCUUUACACAGAGGUCAGUUUGUGGCUGUGACUGUGUUAACAUCUGACUCAAAUUCUGAGAUACCUCUCCAGCACAGAGGAUGUUGUCAUCAUCAAGUUUGAGCUCAACAAUUUCACAAGUUCCCUUUGGGUGGUGAAUCAGUACACAGUCUGUCUUGAAUGUUGUAUAAUACAUAUAAAGAUACAUUAUGUACAAGCCUCCUAAUUUCUUCAUUAUCCCAUUAUUUUCUGUGGACAGUGUUUAUAAAAAAUGAUUUUCUUUCUCAAACACUUUCCAUCUAUCUUAAAAAAAACAUCUGUGGUCCAACUGGCCAAAGUCUUACUCAAGAUUUCCCUCUAAGUGCUUCUGCUCGUUCUUCCUACCGCAACAUGUGGUUUGGAAAAAAAGCCGUUAUUAAGUCGUUGGACAGAUGCACAGUUUGAUGAAACAAUAUAAACUGUAAUUGAAAGGAAAACAAGUGUAACCAAAUAUUUCAUUUCAGCUCAGCAGCCACAACAUGCAUUAACAGAAUCGUUGGCUCAACCGCACAUUGGAUUGAGAGCUUCGUAUCAAACAACACCCUCUGAAUUCAUCUGUUAUUGUGUCCGGAGGCCUCUCAGCAGUUCACCCAGUGUAGUUCACUUAGUGGUAUUCCAACAAAAACAACCACGUUCAUCCUGAUUGUGACUUCCUCACACUUCCUCUGCUCUGUCUGACAGUGUUUUUUCCCUCUCUGUUCUGUCCACACAGCCUCUAGCACAGUGGUGGAGGCUGCUUCCCAAAGAUGCUGCCAAGAUGCCGGAGAGCGCGUGGAAGCUGGUCUUCUACACCAUGUCGUGGUCAUACAGCACCUACCUGCUCUUCUUUACCUCCUACUCUUUUUUCCACGACCCGCCCUCUGUCUUCUACAGUAAGAUACUCCACAUUGUGAUCCUCCUGAUGCCUGUUAUAUGACAGAGUUGACUCAUCACAAGAAGAAGAAGUAGAGACCUGUAGAAUGUCGAAGUUAUUUCUCAGUGUUUGAUAAGUUGAACGGAAGUUGAACGAACUCUUUUGAACAAGUUCUGAAAAAAUCUCCAUAUUUUCCUGUUAAUUAUAAUAAUGAUCAUUAUGUUAGUUAAUAAGACAGUGGUAACACUUUUUUGAUGCUCUAUAAUGCAUUAUAAAUAUGUGUAUAAUGUGUUAUAAUCAUGCUAUAGCACUGUAUAACUAUAGUUAUAAACACUCAUAAAUGAUCAUAAUGCUUUAUAGCAAUAAUCAUAACAUAUUAUAAAGCAUUUUUGUGUUAUGCUUAUUGUUAUAAAGCCUUAUGAUAAUUAAUGAGUGUUUAUAAUGAUAGUUGUAUAAGUUUAAAAGCAAAUUAUAACACAUCAUAAAUAUAUGUAUAAUGUAUUAUCUAUGUGGGCAUUGUCAGUGAGUUGUUAACAGUUAAAACACAUGAUAAUACCUGACCUUAUAAGUCAUGAUAAAAUGCUAUAUAAUGUGUAGUGAUUAUUACUAUAAAGCAUUAUGAUCAUUUAUGAGUGUUUAUGAUUGUAGUUAUACAGUGCUGUAAUGUGAUUAUAAUGCAUUAUACGUAUAUUUAUAAUGCAUUAUAGAGAUAGGCAUCCAGUGAGGUGUUACCGUGAUGUUAAGUUUCUAUAACUAUCUUGCAAUAGUUAAUGAUUAACAUUAGUUGAACCCCUGAGCAAUCUUGUAAUAUGCAAUAUAAAGGUCCAGUAAUUUACCACCGUUAUGAUCAAGAAGUGAUUCAUCACAGGGUCAUUAACCCGUCCUGAAGUGAAGGAGCAAUAAGCUUUUGGUGCUCUUGUUAUGAGAGACUCCCUUGUGUAAAGACAGGGAUUGUGGACAGGGUAUAAAUGAAAUAAAGACAAAGGAUAAAUUUAGCAAAUUUCCAGCAGACCUCAGUGAAGGCUGCGGCUCAGCUGGAAGGAAAAACCUGGAAGAUCCCAAACCUCGAUAUUUUGUUUAUUUGAACAGCGUUGCUUUACGUCAGAGGAAACACUUUCCUUCUUGUCUGAUUUUACACUGGAGCUGGGGCCAUAGAGAGAGAAGUUGAUUGACAGCACUCUAGUAUGAGAUAAAAGCUUGUGUUUGCUAUUAUUGCACACCGUUGGCACCAGGCUGGUAAUGGCAGCCAGCUCAAGAGAGGUAAGAAGAGCGUCAAAGGAAGUCCUUUUACAUAGAAAUCAGUUCACAGGCUAUAACUGGAGAACCAAGAACAGAAUAGGCCUUAAUUAGUUAAAUACACAAAGAAUAAGAAAUCAUAUUAAUUGUUUCAAGCCGUGUCUCAGAAGUGGAAAGAUCAGUUUGUUUGUUUUUCAUUAUCAUGAGAACGACAAUAAAUGAACAAUCAAGUCGAGAGCAAAGUCCUCAUAAUUGCACCUGAUGGAGGACUAAUGCUGCUAAUGGGGAUAGAUCUUUCAUGGGUGUUACACUAACAGUCCAGGGUUGUCUUUCAAGUCUCUUUGUCUCCUCCAUCAGUCAUGGAUGUGUCAGUGCUGCUGUCCAACUCCAUCCCUUUUGAGUGGAGCGAGCAAAGGCUGCUUGACAGUGCCAGCUUCAUCUUUAAUAGCUGCAUCACCUCUAAUAACUGUCAUGCUGAGAUGUAUACAGGGUCAGAGUAAUAUAGCUUGACUCUUAGGGCGGGAGGGGCAGAGAGAGAGAUGGGAAGUUAAAAAGAGAAAGUAAAAGCUUGAAAAAGUGGGAAUGUAUGAGGUAAAACAUUGGCAGAAGGAAAGAGGGGCUGAGUUUUUGUAUUCUAGAGAAAGAAGAGAAGAAAAAAAAAGGUCCAGUCUUUUGGGGAGAGAGAAAAAAAGGUCUCUGGUUCCCAUGCCUCCUCUUGGCAGCUCUUCUGUUGUGAUCCAUCUAGCAGCCUUCCUCUCAAUGUUUAAUGAUGGAAGGUCCGAUCAAUAAACAUUACACAAGGCCCAAGUGUAACCCCAUCCUGCCAGGGAUGAACCAAACUCAAACACAGGAGGAGAAAGUUUCCGUCUAACAUCUGAGAAGUACCCAAGACAUGAGCUAACCAAGCAGUCUUAACAUACAUUCAGCCUAUUUUGCCUGUUUUACUUUAGAGACUCUCAUAAAUUCUCAAGAGGUUAAACCUGAUCCCUCCAGCCUUACUCCAGCCUACCCUUUACAUCUUGUAUCCCCUACACCGGAAGUCAUGGAGGCUCAGUUUACAGUGAUAUUGCUUAGUCCACUAUUUUCAUUCAUGUGGGGUAAUAUAUCCAGAAACAGAUCGAGCUCAGACUAAAGAGGCCUGUUAUUGUGCAGGUUUUCUUUUCCUUAAUGGUUGUCAUGCGCUCAAGUCCCUGAGGGAGUCCCUAACUUAGCAAAAGAAAAGAGAUACUCAGACGAAGGAUAAAUACAAGGACAUGCAUGUGAGGAAACUACUGUGGCAAAGACUGCAGCACAAUAUGAGUCUCAGUUUAUGGUAAAAAUAUAAUAUUUUAACUGAAGAAACAUACAGACUUUCCUGACCAUAAUCUGGUGAUGGGUUGAUGUCAAUCAUGAUCCUUUGAUAGUACACUGUAAACAAAGAUGAGUUGUUCAUAACUACAGAUGAGGUAAUACUCAGUUUAAGGUCAAAGACCUGUGGCUUUGGAUGUGGAGGAUGUAACUGUAGUGCCACCUGUAGACUGAGUCCUACCAAGGAGAACAGUAACAGAAGCAAGUAAACAGAUACGGCAAAAUAAAUUUAAGCAAAACAUUCACUGACAAGCUUAAAUCUUGGAUGGAGUUUCAAUGUAGAAUUUUUGAAAAAAAAAAGAGCUUUGUGCAACUUUUAAAUUACUAAAUAAAUUAUUUUAUCUAGACAGAUGAGUAGAAAGACGAGUAAACCUCUUGGCCCUUGAGCAAACAAAGAAAUACGAAGUGAAAAGCACAACCUCUUUGGUAGUGAUGCUAAAACAAAGACUGGGACUACUCAGUUUGUAUUUCUCUGAACUCAAAGGAAGUCUCUCUCUCUCUCUCUCUUUAUCUGUUAUUGUGUGUGUCACAGUUUCUGACACAAGCUGGAGAAAAAAACAAAACCCUUCUUACUCUGCUCCUUGUAUCAGUCUUUCAUCUCUCCUCUUCUACCUUGACAUACAGCUUGAUGAAAAGGUUUUAUUAAAAUAUCAUGGGAGCGCAUUAGCCUCUGAGUUGUAACAGAAACUUGGCUAUCCAUACAGAAAUAAAUCCAGUUUUCCACUGUCCUGCAGGAGGAAUUAAGUGAUUGAAGCAGAACCGUGAUGCACUGAACUUGGACCAUCUGUGUUUUCCUUUGACGGCUCUAAUUCUUGAAAUACCCUUUAACAAAGUCUAAAGAUUCAAGACUCAAAAAAAAUGGGUUUCAAAUUGUGACUGUGUUGAUCAAUUUCCAUGUUUUUGUGAUUAUCUCUUGUUAUCUCAAACUGAAAACGGUUUUCUCCAUAUCUGUCCAGACUGGAAGAGUGGUAUGUCAGUGCCUACAGACAUCGCCAUAGCCUACUUGAUCCAGGGGAGCUUCUACGGCCACUCUAUCUACGCUACAGUCUACAUGGACGCAUGGAGGAAGGAUUCAGCCGUCAUGGUGGUGCACCACAUCAUCACGCUGGCACUCAUUAUCUUCUCCUACGCUUUUAGGUAUGUCAAGCCCGCUUUGAUUUUGGAAUUGUUAGUUGAAACGGUUUUGUCUGGUGUUGGUUUCAAAGUGUCGUACAGAAUUUUUGAUGAUCUAAACUCCAGUCGUUGCGAUCCAUCAACACAUGCUAAGUGCCAGACAUCUUCCUUUGAGCGUAACGGCUCCUAAAAUCAACGAAAAAGCAUAACUUCACUGUUUUUGUAUUGAAACACCUGUACAAAACACAGCAGUGUUUCAACCUCAUGAUAAAGUGAUUUAAUUGAGACAUGAACCGCUUGUUCCUUUUGUUUUAAAUAGACAGGAAUGACAGAAAUGCUUGAAGGCAUCAUUGCCUGCAAGAUAAAGUGAGUUAUGUCACCGUAUCAGACAAGGAUAUCCUGUUUAUUUUUAUAGAUUUACCACAUGUAAAAAUACAAAAAACAACAAUCAACCUUUGAUUUACACAUACCUCUCUGUUUGCAAAGCAUAGUCUGACUACACAUACACACUGUCUGCUUUUCCUGACCUCUAGAUACCACAAUGUUGGCAUUCUGGUGUUGUUCCUCCAUGACAUCAACGACAUCCAGCUGGAGUUCACCAAGCUCAACGUCUACCUGAAGUCCAGAGGAGGAGGAUAUUACCUGCUCAACGAUAUUCUGUCUAACAUGGGCUCAGUCAGCUUCAGCAUCACCUGGUGAGGCUCCACACAAAUAAACACACAAACACACACACUUUGUGACUCAUUUUCUCCUCUUUGUUUGUUUGUUUUUCUCUGAAGGUUAGAUGUUUUGUUGCCCGGGCAGCUGCAAAAUAUUUUCAUGUGUUCCUUGAGAUCUUAAAGAAGAAAAAACCCGAACCUAAUUUCUGUUGAUCUUGUGUCUCCAUCCCUCAGGUUCUGGUUCCGCCUCUACUGGUUCCCUCUCAAAGUGCUGUAUGCCACAUGUGUAUCCAGCCUCCAGUCUGUCCCUGGCAUUCCCUUCUACUUCUUCUUCAACGCUCUUCUCCUCGCUCUGCUGCUUAUGAACAUCUAUUGGUUCUUGGUGAGGACAUGCAGAUUAUUUGAGUCAAAUCCAAAGAGCGUUUAGGAGUUUUGUUUGUUUUUUGUGAAACCUGCUGAGCACUGACACAUAAUGUUCUCUUCUCUGCUUCUCACCCCUUUGACCCAUUCAGUUCAUCGUGGUUUUUGUGGUGAAAGUGUUAAAAAUGAAAGAGGUGAACGACGUCAGGGAGUACGAGGACGAGGACGGCAGCAAGGCGGCAGCAGCAGCAGCAGCAGCGGGCCUGCUUAAAGAGCCGAAGGCAGAAAACAGUGAUGAUGAUGCUGGACAUCACAUCUCUGCCCAGGGGUGAGCUUCGCCAUCGUUUGUUUAAUCUGACAGAAAGACCUCCGCGCAGGACGGAAAAAAUAUCACCAGCCAACUGCUGGCAGAUUUUCACUACAAACGUAGAGUUUGUUUUUACUCGCAGCAGGUUUGGCAGGAGACCAGACCAGCAGUUUAAGGUGCUAUUUGUAGAGUUUCCGCAUUAAUAAAUCAUUGAGUAGGCCUGUUGCGGUGUAACAGAUUUUUACACAAGUGUGAAGUUCUAAUUUUAAAGGCAAACUAAGUGCUGUAAGACUGAGGACUCAGCUUUGCUCAUAAAAUAUUACAUAAAUACAAUCAAAAAUACUUUUAAACUGCCUGAGCCAGCUAUAAUUUACCAUCUCCAGGCUACAUCAGUGCUAGCAGAUCUGUUAGACUGUACUUUGAACAGCUUUUUAGCGAAAUGCUAUUAUCAGCAUCAAACAGUGACACCAAUUUAAUUUUUAUUGUGUCAUUAAUCAUAAGUUUAGUUUGUUUAGCAUGCCAAAUUAGCUUUCUUUCACAGAACGGUUAGCAACAAUGAAGCUAACAGGAUUACAUUUAGCUUCCAGCUUAGCUUAGUGUGGUCCAACAGCUUUAGUCCUGUAUGUCUAGAUUUCAUAAUUCAAGUCUAUCAAUAGUUUAAAACAGCUUCAUGCAAGUAACUCUUCCCUGAAAACAGAGAACCACUCUGCUGCUAUGCCAAACUGGUCUUUUGAUUGUAUCUAACAUUAGCAGUGCUAGCACAACCAGCCCAGUGAAUGUGCCUGUGGUCUGCUCUGGUCUGCUCUGGUAAGUAUGUGUCAGUUUAACCUAAAACAGCCGACAUACAACUUUAUCUUCAUUCUCUGGAUCAAAAUACUGUCAAAACACACCGGACUACAAGGUUUCAUCUAUCAUUAGCGUGUGUUUACAUCUGAUUAGUUAAUCUUUUAUUGUUUACUUAACAAAACAUUUACAUCCCCAGUUAUGACCUCAGUUGUCAUGUCACCAUAAAAGAGGAAAUUUAUGAAAUAAUGAUGAGAUUUCAAAACUAUUUAUUUUCUUAAUUCCCCCAGAUUAUCUCUCUUGCAGAAUACGUGUUUCUCUGAAUGUCAGUGGGUGUUCUGCCCCCUGUAAUCCUGAAAAUACUACCUUUGCUUGACUUUAUCAUACCUGAUGUACCUUUAUCUGGGGUCAGGGUCUUCUCUCUUUAUCUGAGGAGCUGCCUUUAGCCCCCUCUCUGACUGUCAGAUGUCCUUCUAUCAUCUGUGCUGGUUAUCUCGGCAGCCUUUGACUACAGACACUUAUUUUUAUUUUUAUUUUUUUAAGGGUUUCAGAGCUGAAUUUGCUCCUCUGUAUUUUUGGGGUUACAGUCCUAAGAUUUGGUGUCACAGGUCUAACACCUUCUCCUCCCCUGACAGCUGGUGUCCGUGCUAAAAAGGAGCAGAUCUCCCACUUAGCUUGUGUAAGCAGCGGCCCUCGCAGGUAGAUAGGAUCAAAGAGCCUGAGACCAUAUGGAGAUGUGAUUAUGUGGCUCACCUUAUCUUCCUGGCCUUGAACCCUGUUGAUAUCCUCUCUGCCUGCUAAUGCCUCACAUCUGCUGAUCACCUCACCUGUUAAGCUUAUUCUCUCUUCCUCUCCCCGUCCGAGACUUCCUCGUUCGUACUCCCAGCCCCCCUCUGACCCUCUGUUCUCGCUCUCUCCCUCUCUUUUUGUAGGAAGCAUGUGCAGAACGGGAUCACCAAGGAGAAGCAUCUAUAACAGGCUCUCCGUCGCCACCACCUGGCACUGGGCUGCGAAUACAAAGCAAGACAAGAUGCCCUCCUCGGACUGCUCGAGCUCCAAACAUGGCUGAAAGGAAGAGUGUCACAAAAAAAAGAAAAGAAAAGGAAAAAAACAAGUUAGGCUGCGAUACAUUUUUACACUUUUUACUUGUUUUAGAGCAUUUCAUUUCAUCACUGUUAUUUUAUUUUCAGUUUUUUUUUUUUUUUUUUUUUUUAUUAGAGCACUGUGAAUGUUAUUUCAGGUGACUUUUUGUCUUAUUGUUGCUACCUUUACAUUUGAUAGAUCCAGUAGAAACAAAGCAGUUUGAGUGAGAGAUGGACUGUGAUUGUCAGGUACGUACAGUAGUAAUGGGUAACUAUCACCAUCGCCCUGAACAGCAGCACCCUGCAGCACCCAGAUAAGGAAAAGGUUCAGGCGUGUCGUGGUUCUGUAGACUUUUAGACUCACAGUCAGCGUUAGUUACAUGGUAAAUAAGCAAUAUGCUGAUUUUUAAAGGGUGCACUGUCUUCGCUGUCAGUGAAACGUGUUUCCUAAUGAAUUCCUUUCCUUUUUUAUUCUCGUAAAAACUCCGUCCAUCCUCUCUGACUCCAGACAUGAAGAGAAAAGGCGAGAAAAAAAAAAAGAAAAAAAAAAUCAUGACUCACAUGGGAAACAAAGCUCUUGUUCUUAGUAUUGCUCUCAUGGCUGCAGUGUUGCAGGGAGAGCCUGCCUGCCUGUCUGCCUGCGUUUGUCUGGUGCUGUUUCACCACAUUUAUUGAUUUCCAUAUCAUUGCACAAAUCGGUGGUGGCGACCAAACAGUUCUGCCCCCACCCUGUGUCCAUUAGUAUGUAUUAAAAAGCCACAUCGGUGGGUGUAGGUAUGUGUGUGUGUGUGUGUGUGUGUGUUAGGCGGAGAGUAUGGAUGUAGCUAAAGCUUUUUAGCUCCUUUGUUUCACAACAUUUCACCUCUCACUUUGAUUUCUUUGAUCUCUUUUAAUGAUCAACAACUGUCUCUUGUAUAGUUAGAUCAAUUUUUUAGCUUUUCCUCUGUGUUGCAAGCAUCUGUUGCUGCGCUGACAUGAAGGCAUACAAGCUGAUCGCUGGUUUAAUGACAGCAAAUAGCUCGAAUUGAUUGACUGGGUUUCAGCAUCGUCAUUAUCAUGAUUUCAUUUCUUUAAACGAUAUGAAUUUGAAUAAUGUUUAUAAACAGUUCCCGGGUGGUGGUGGCUACCAGGUUCACAAAAAUUUGGAACAAUAGCCCUGAACUUGUGUAAAGAUAAAAAUCAGUAUGAUAAACAAAAAAAAAAAAAACAUUAUGUAUGCACACUCUAUGGUAUUCAGGAAUGCAUGACAACGAAUGAUUUUAGAAAUAUGCUAUGAAAUUGUCUUUCAAACAAAGAAGAAAAUUUCUCUCGCUAUCUAAUCUCAAUGUCUUUAUUUAUGUCUAAAACAUGUCCGAAAAAGUGAACUUUGUCGGAGCAGCAGUGGCCACUGAACACACGUAAACACACGCUGACAUGCCAGUUUGUGAGAAACCCCUGUAAGUCAUUCUCACCCGGGUGUUUCAGAUAUACCUCAUGACUCUUACAGAAAUCAGAGUCAAGUCUAAAAAGGUCCUGAGAUUUCUGAGGUCCUCUAUCAUUCAAAACACAUAGGAAAAGAAACAACGGCGAAAAGGGACCUAUGUGGUGUAAUUGAUUUCUCUGGUUUACUGUGUGUGUUUGUGAAAACAGCUGCUGCACCUGUAAUAAAUAAGGGAUGUUUCUAUUUUUCUUACCUUCUCGAUCAAAUUCAAGCUCUUGUUUGGAUGAACAGCAUGCUUGUGCUGCUGGAGCAGGCCGCAGAUGUCGUCCGUCAGUAGAAGUGUCUGUCUGUUUUUAUUUUUAGGUUUGUUUGUCUUCCAUAAUCCUCUUGUCGAGGGAAGUACAAACGUUUAUUUUUUUUUCUUAUUUUAAGUUAAACUAUCACUAUUACUGAUGUAGUUCAGGUUAAUGUUUUUUGUUUUUUUUUUAAUUGCUGCUGGGUUAUUUUUUUUGUUUUGUUUUCCUCUGAGAGCACUGUCGGUAUUCCAGUUGUGUUUUUUUUUUUUUUUUUUUCUGCUGUGUGUGAUGAGUUGGUAAUAGUCUCCAGGGACCAGGGAGAGUUGUUGUGUUGAACUACAUUUCAAUCUGGAUUUAGUCUCAGAUCUCUACCUUCCGAUCUGAAAGCUGGCUCAUUUGACACUCUUGUUUUACUGUAGACCUUUUACACCUGUACUGUAAGUAACAUGCUCUAUCAGACAUGUUACUGUGUGUAAUAUAUCAGAGCCCUGCGGCGAACAGGUUUUACUAGCAUGGUGUUAUGGCAGGAAAUGCCCUGCACACUCAACUGUGAGACAAGUAUCCGUAGAUUGUUGAUUUAUUUUUUCUUAGUGGUGGUAGAUGACAGGGGGGGUGAAGUUUGCUGUAAACCCACAAAGACCUGUGAUCUGGAUUAGGUGUGACUCGUCCCUCCAGUCUGGUAUGGUACUGUGUGCUUAAAAAAAGUGCACCUUCAAUCCCUCCCACUGUGUCAUGCUACAAAACUGUCCUGUGAUGUGAUGUGUAAAAGAGGAACUUGUGCAGCGGGUGGGCGAUAUGACGAAUCAGACAGUGAGCAUUUCUGAACCUUUGAAACUAUGAUUUAUUUCAUUCGAACAAGCCUCCCUGUAGUGAGGCAUCAUGGGAAUUGUGGAAAAUCAGUUUUAAAUUUUGGCAUAUUGAAGUUUUUAGCAGUUGUGCAAAUUUAGAUGCUUAAUUCCAUUACUUUUCCACAUGUUUAUUCUUCCAACAAUGGUAUCAUGAAAUGAAGUAACGUAAAUCAUAAAAGAUGGUAUAUGAAUGUCGCCCACCCCUGACUACCCCCCACAAGAAACUAAAAAUUCCCCAAAUGAUAGAAAUUUCAUGGUUAAGUUAUUUGAGGUUGUCACUUUAUUAUUAAUUUAAACUUAAAUUGAUUUGGAUAAUUCCUAUUGAAGUGUUUUGACUCCAUAAAUCCACAGUCCUUGUGUCAUCUUUCAAUAAAGUUCAGGCUUGUGAAGCUAUGUUCAGUCAGACAGCUCACCUGAGACGUAGUGGGUGAUACGUGAAGUCCAGGUUCUGCGUGUCGCUGCCUAUUGGCUUAAAGCUCCUGUAAGGAACUUUACAUUUGUGUCAAAUUUGGCUCCCCCUUGUGGACUAAGCAGUCUUUGCUUAAAAAAAUCUCUUUUUUUAGAAUCAAAUGUAUCAUUUAUUGUGAAUAUUUACCAGGAAAUUAUAAGUGCAGGGUUGUUUUUUUCAGCUACUUGACUGACACCUGUGCGAGGCGUUAAAAAUUAGGGUGUACAAAUCCUCUGUCUUGUUGCCUUUGAUCUUGUUUGCUUUUAGAUAUGAGAAGUCAUCUUUAUGAAUUUCAGUCUGUUUCUCCUCACAGGAGCUUUAAAACAAGAUCAGCAAACAGGGGGAUCAGAGAAUGAUGACAGCAUGACAAGAUGGUGAAGAAGUAUCAGUACUUUUAUCCCUUCACCUUAUGUUAAACUCAGAGAUAAGGAAAUAAGGGAAAGUGCUUACUGAAUUAUGUAAAUUACAAUCCCUUUAUAGUGAAGAAGAAGCUAACACCUUCGCCCCAAAGUGGAUCUGUACAGAACAACAACAUAAACUCUUAGAUUUGCCUCAGCGCCCAAGCACAGGUAAAACCCUCUUUUCUAUAUGACGUGUGAUCAGUUUGUUUAGAAUUAAUCAACCAAUCAGAAAUAAGUGUUUGAUGCAGUCUUAGUAUUAAAAAAAAAGCACAUUAAGAAGGGAAUUAAAGAUCUAGCUGUUCAAGCCAGCUCAGCUUUAAGUCUGUAUGUGUUAUUGUAGAGGAGAGCAAAUCCUAUAAAUGAUGUAAACUCUGUCCAGAUCACUUUCUCGAUUUCCAUUUAAACAGACAAAAUAAGGAAGCGAAGAAUAGGAAAAGUAGUUUUGAUUACUGAGCAAGAAAACUGCAAAGGCUGCAGUGUGUUUUUGCUGUGUUGUGCAAAAAGUAAUGCAUGCUAAGUCUGUCGUCUCCAGCCUCUUCCCCUUCUGUUUGCAUGCGUAAAGAUCAGAACAAAGACCAUCAAGGGGAGCAGCGAUUCAAUCAGCAACACUAGUCUUCACCACGUUUUCUCCAGUGUCGGCUGGUUUCACACUUAACAUGACUCAGGAGAUGGCUGUCUGAAGUAGCUCACUAAAUGACACAAACAAUCCUCCCCAACGGUUUGACCGUUGCGAACUGUCCACCCAAAUUAGGAGACAAGUGUUUGUGGGAGCUGGUGACAAUGAAGAGGAAAGAUGGUAGAGGCAGGAGAGCCCUGCAGGUAUUUCUUAUAAAUUGCACUGUAAUUUAUUAGUAUUACUUUUAUUGUUUAUUAGUAGAACAAAUUUAGAAAAGUGAAGGGAGAAUUUGGGGAUUUUUAUGACUUUCUUGAAGAAUCACUAACAAAACUCUCAUUAAUUCAAAGUGUAUUUUAACGACACGUUUCUUGGACCAUUGAUGCGAGCUGUAAUCUAUGAAAAAAAAAAUUGCCCCGAUUUUUCAAAACUGAAUUUGACCACUCGAUAAAGACACAGACUUGCUCUUUUGUAAUGCAAUUUUAAUACCAUUCAGCCAAUGUUAUUGUUUCAUUAUUUUUUCCCAUAAAAUAAAACAUGUCAGUAAACAAAAAAAAAAACACA